AUGGCGGAGAAGCUAUGUGCGAUACAAGCCAAAAUGAGGGAAAGUAAGAAGAGGAAAAGGAAAGGGAAUAAUGAAAGAGGCAAUUUUCCAAAUGCAAGGGAGGUUUGUAGGAUGGGAGUUGAAGCGUUGAAGAAUCAUUGCCUUGGUUAUAGAGCUAAUUACAUGGUUAAAUUUGCUCAAAGUGUUGAGAGUGGGAGAAUUAACCUCCAAUCAUUAGAAAAACCAGUGUCCUCUCCGGAUGCAUUCCCUAAAAUCAAAGGGUUUGGUCCUUUUGCGACAGCCAAUAUAUUCAUGUGCCUUGGAUUUUACCACCAACUCCCAAUUGAUACUGAAACCAUAAGGCACUUAAAACAAGUACAUGGAAUCCAAUAUUGCACCAAGAAGACAGUUGGGGAAGAUGUGAAGCAAAUUUACGACACCUAUGCUCCUUAUCAAUGCUUGGCUUAUUGGUUGGAGCUUGUCCAGUACUAUGAGACCAAAUUCGGAAAGCUAAGUGAAUUGUCUUCCUUUGACUAUCACAAGAUUAGUGGCUCCACUCUCCACCUUUGA